GGGGAUUGGAGAGGGUGUCUAGCAUCCCUGGCGGUGCCACACCAUGAACGGGACAGUCAGCAUGAUUCAUAAAUUUGCAAGGAGGCCCUGACUGUGUUUCAGGUGCCAGCAGUGUGGCAAUUGCAGUGUGGGUGGCGGACGUGGUCGCGGUGCGCUCCUCCACUCGUGAGCAUCCCUACUGACGCCUCUAUGUUAUGAUCUGCGCCCUCACAAGCAGCUUCGGCCGUCCCCACCGCCCCUUUUCGCCUCGCCCGCACCAACCAUCCACCGGUAGCAUCGACAGUGCGGGACGAGCCCACAUUCCACACGACCAUGGAGAGCUUCGCUGUGUCUGCGGGGAGCCAGCGGAAAGGCGGCGCCACCCGCCAGAGGGCUGCAGGAGUGACUGACAAGCACGUGGCUGAAGACUACGAUUCCAAGAUAAGGAAGAAGCGGCGAGAACUCGCCAAAUUCAUCACGUAAGGCAGGGAACAAUCAUCAUAAUAUGACGACAGCCGUGCACUCCAGAAUUGUCUUGUAUGCGGUGCGUGUGUGACUUCCUCCCUUAGGGAGAACUUCUGGGAUCUGCCCGACACGUACAAGUUCGGCCAGUCCCGCUCCGUCAUCGUCGGCCUGUCGUGCCUGGCCUUCCUCUUCCCCGCUUACACGCUGUGGUCCGUCGACCGGCCCGAGAGCGUCCUAUGGGUCGUCACGGCAGCGCUCUCCCUGGUGUCCGACUAUUUCAUCACUGGGCAGCGGAAGCAGCGGUGGAAGCGGGCGCUGCAUCUGCUGGAUCGCUGGGUGGGGGCGGCCAACUUCCUGUUCCAAUUCUUGAGGCUGCCGUGGUUCCUGAUGGCUGGCUACCGACCGUUUUGUGUCGCUUGCUGCGGCGUGGUGGGGUCGUUUCUGUGCAAGCAGAUGUCGUGGGGCGUCCACACGUUCGGCGAGUAUGUCGUCUGGCACUCUGUGUGGCACUUUUAUGCGUCGGCAAUGAGGGGGCUCGUGGUGCUGCUGGACCACAUGUAGCCCAUGUCUUAGAAUCCUAGAUGGACAGGGUGUGUGGUGCAGUAUGGGGAUGUGGUGAGAGUAUGUGUAUAGGUAGCUUACGUAGGCCACAUUUUGAUGCACAUGCGUGAUCCCUCGGACA